AUAUUCUACGCUUUUAGGCCAUUGAAACAGAAACGGACGAACGUUAUCAAACAGGCCCUUAAGACACUCAUUAUACCAUUGAAGAAACACCAGUGGAAGAAGAGAAAGCUAAAGGAAGAAAAAUGGAAGGCACUAUAGUGUUAUACCCGACAAUGGCUCUUGGCCACUUCGUAUCAAUGGUGGAGUUCGGCAAGCUCAUUCUCCGCCACCACCACCACCGCUUCUCUGUCACAAUCGUCAUCGCAGAGGGACCUCUCGACACCCCCGAUGACACAGCCUUCCUUCGCCACAUCUCGGAAACCACAAAUUCCAUUACCUUCCACCGCCUCCCCUACAUUUCCAUGAAACCUUCUUCCAAUUUAAACCGUUCAUCGAUCCGUUCAGAAUUCAUUCACCUCAACAACCCUAAUCUCAGCCAUGCUCUCCAAACUAUCUCCAAGAUCUCUAGUGUUCGAGCCUUUGUCAUAGAUAUGUUCUGUACCCCAGCCCUAAGUGUGGCAUCCGAUCUUGGCAUCUCCACUUACUACUUUUUCACUAGCGGCGCUGUCACACUCUCCUUCUUUCUCUAUCUCCCAACUAUUCACAAUCAAACCACCAAGAGCUUCAAAGACAUACCCACCACCCAUGUCCACUUCCCGGGCGUGCCACCAAUGCCAGCCUCAGACUUGCCCGAACGGGUACAGGAUCGAGAGCACCAGAUCUACUAUGACUUCAUAGAUAUUGGUCUAAACCUUCGCAGAUCAAAGGGAUUUAUAGUGAACACCUUUGAAUGUCUUGAAUCAACAUCGACAAAAGCCAUCACUGAUGGGCUUUGCGUACCAGAUGCUCCAACCCCACCUGUUUACUGCGUCGGACCAUUGAUAGCCACCCCUAAGAAUGAGGGUGAAGCUGUAAGUCAGUGCAUGUCAUGGCUUGAUGGGCAACCAAGUCAAAGCGUCGUAUUCUUGAGUUUUGGAAGCCGAGGUGUGUUUUCGACAGCGCAGGUUAGGGAGAUCGCUAUUGGGUUGGAGAAGAGUGGGCAGAGGUUUUUGUGGGUUGUGCGGAAGCCGGUCUCUGAGGACAAUAGCAAACACUUCACGGUGGAGAAUAAAGACCCAGAUCUGGAGGCCCUGUUACCAGAAGGCUUCUUGGAUCGGAACAAGGAAAGGGGACUUGUGGUGAAAUCGUGGGCACCACAAGUUGAAGUGCUGGGUCAUGAAUCGGUGGGUGGGUUCGUGACUCAUUGUGGGUGGAACUCGAUAUUGGAAGCAGUAUCCUCAGGAGUGCCUAUGGUGGCAUGGCCUCUCUAUGCCGAGCAACGUAUGAAUAAGGUGUUUUUGGUGGAAGGGAUGAAGUUGGCAAUGCCGAUGGAGGAAUCGGAAGAUGGGUUAGUGAGUGCGGCGGAGGUCGAGAAGAGGGUGACAGAUUUGAUGGAAUCGGAAGAAGGAAGAGUACUUAGAGAAUGGAGCCGGAAGAUGAAGGAAGAGGCCAUGGCUGUGUGGUCUGAUUAUGGUUCUUCUAUGACUGCUUUCACCAAGUUGGCUGAGUCAUGGAUCAAUAAAUAAGUAUGGAAACUUGAUUUUAGAUUCAGGGGAAAAGCCUGCAGAUUCAUCACCCUGUAACCUUUCAAGAGGUAAGAGAAGAGCAAGCUAGAGUAGGAUGAGGAGAGGAUCACGUCUCUGUUUUUGGUACCCAGAUCCUCUCUGAGGCCAGUGUGUGCCCGGAUGCUCUCAGUCCGGGGGAUGCUGAGAGGAUCACGAUCCCUGUUUUUGUUGUGUUUUGUCCCCGCAAGGACUUUUCUUAUGUUAAUCGAUGAAAGAUGUAAUACUUUUGUUAAAGUAAGUCUUGUUAUCUGUUUUUUGCCACCAUGGAUGUAGUCCUCGUCUUUUUACGCAUAUAAGAAAACCCUUUUUUAUUUCUCACCAAAA